GUUAAAAGCCAGGUGACGUAGGCUAGCUAGCGUUAGCUGUCAGCCGGGUUCAGUCAUUGUGCAGGGAUGGAGGUGACACGCCAAAAUUUUAAAGACAGCUUGAACACGGUGUACAGCGCGAUAGAGGAGGCGGACUUUCUUGCCAUCGAUGGAGAAUUUUCAGGGAUAAGUGACGGUCCUAAUGUCAGUGCACUCACCAACGGGCUGGACACUCCGGAGGGCCGGUACACGAAGCUUAAGAAGCACUCUAUGGACUUUCUGCUGUUCCAGUUUGGAAUAUGCACAUUCAAGUACGACCAGGCGAAGUCAAAGUAUAUCACAAAGCCUUUUAAUUUUUAUGUAUUCCCGAAACCGUUCAACAGGACGUCUCCUGACUUAAAGUUCAUCUGUCAAAGUUCCAGCAUUGACUUCCUGGCCAGUCAGGGCUUUGACUUCAACAAGGUGUUCCGUCAUGGAAUCCCGUACUUGAACCAAGACGAGGAAGUCCAGCUGAGGGAGCAGUCGGAGGAGAGGAGAAAUCAACACGCUAACGGUGUAGGGACACAGUCCUUCAUCUCCCCAUCCUCCAAAGGCCCUGCACACGUACCUGAGGAACACAAAGACUUCAUCAACAGGGUGAUAGGGAAGGUCGAGGCCCUCUUCACUAACUCGGAGAAGACUUUGGACCUGGACCCAUGUACUGGGUUCCAGAGAAAGCUGAUUUACCAGACACUGAACUGGAAGUUUCCCAAGGGGAUUCAUGUUGAAACUGUGGAAACAGAAAAGAAGGAGCGUUUCAUCCAGAUCAGCAGAGUAGAUGACGAGGAGAGGAAGAGGAGGGAACAGCAGAAACGGGAGAGGAGCAGGUGAGAGCUAAAUGAUGCUGUCGGCUUCUCCAGAGUCAUCCACGCCAUCUCUAAAUCUGGUAAACUUGUGGUUGGCCACAACAUGCUGUUGGAUGUCAUGCACACCAUCCACCAGUUCUACUGCCCCCUGCCAGAGGAUCUUCAAGACUUUAAAGAGGUCACAAUGUGUGUCUUCCCAAGACUUCUGGACACAAAGUUGAUGGCUUCCACUCAGCCUUUUAAGGAGCUGAUCACUAACACGUCUCUGGCAGAGUUGGAGAAACAGUUGAAGGAGAGCCCCUUCAAGUCGCCACUAGUCGAAACGGCAGAGGGGUUCCACAGCUAUGACACAGCCCAGGAACAGCUCCACGAGGCCGGGUACGAUGCCUUCAUCACUGGCCUCUGUUUCGUCUCAAUGGCCAACUAUCUCGGCUCUUUCUUGACUCCACCCAAAGCGUACAUCUCUGCUAGCUCCAAACUAGUUGAGCCUUUCUUCAACAAGCUUUUCCUGAUGAGGAUAAUAGAUAUUCCCUACCUCAACAUCACAGGACCAGACUUGCAACCUAAAAGAGACCAUGUCCUGUAUGUCACCUUCCCCAAAGAGUGGAAGACGAGUGACCUCUACCAGCUCUUUAGUGCCUUUGGAAACAUCCAGGUUUCUUGGAUAGACGACACGUCAGCAUUUGUGUCCCUGAGUCAGACGGACCAGGUACAGAUAGCCAUGAACACCAGCCGCUAUGCAGAGAGUUACAGGAUCCAGACGUAUGCAGAGUACAUCAAGAGCAAGCAGCAGGACAAGGACAAGCACGUCCAUACGCCCAAAUCCUGGGGGGAGGACGGCUGGAUGAAACCUCACUACACCUCCGCUACUUCUGCUGCUACUUUUGGAUAUUCAAGGGGUCUGAGGAAACGCAGCAUCAGUCCCGUUCAGGGAGAGCAGGGGGCCGGAGACGCUCCAGUCACAGACGGCUGGAGUCACUACUCGUAUCCGGAUAGCACGGGCAGCAAGAAGAUGAAGACUGAUGACAAAAGUGGACAGGCCAUCGAGAGCAAGACCUCAGAAGGUUGGCUAAAGACGGCAGAUUCAUCAGAUUCAGCCGAGUCCAGUCCGGUCCCUGAGGAGGAGGAGGAGGAGAAGGAGGAGGAAGAGAGUCCUGAAGGCAAUGAUGCAGAGGGGACGGUUACCUGGCAACAAGCCCCGGCAGUCCACGGGAGGAAAGGUCAAAAGAACAAGAAAAAGAAGCCCGAAGAGGCUGAAUCCACCACAUCGCUGUUCGAGGUUCCAGAAGUCUGGUAGCGAGCGUUGAGGCGUGGAGAGCCCGCCGUCCCACAAUGAGCUCCUGAUCCAGAGCCUCUCUCUUCGUAAGCACUUGGGGGAGCUCUCCUGCAAGCUUGUACAUCACUGGGAGUGGAGCACGCCCUUAAUUCAUUCGUUCACUCAGCAGCUGUGGAAACGGUUUCCAAAAGCCACCAGCCAAGACUGGACUAUUGACGGAGAAACACAAGCCAUAAGAACAGCCGCCAUAUUUUGAUCUUGUAUUGGAGGAGCAGGCAACUCUUCUGGGUAAAUGCACACACAUUCUUCACUAGAAUCUUAAAAUCUAAUCUCCAUUUUUUUCCUUCUUUCUGUGUUCAGACUGGAAUCUGCCACCACACUUUGAAAUCAUUCAUCAGUUUUAACGACACCGUCUCCUCUAAUCAGUCUUAUUAUUUGUGAGUGAGUGUUGUGUGUGUGUGUGUGUGUUGUGUGCAUGUGAAGGAGAUGAACAUUUUCUCGUCUUUGUCACCGUGACUCCGUUUCAUAAACCGUGAGAUAAAAUGCUGCCUGACAGGUCCCGUAGUUUACAACGUCUGGGUUAUUUAGUAUUUUAAAAGCAGUAAAAAAUAUAUAUAUUUUUUCCAUUUUAAAAUAAGUUCUGUCAAUUUAAACCGGUUUUAUCCAACUUAUAUAAGCUUAUCAAUGAUAAUGUGAUGUUUAUUAUUGGUGACGUUUUGAUCCUUCAUGAGAGGCGCUUGUUUUCUUUUUGUACAGAAUUGUUUUUCUUUACCUUUUUUUUUGUGUUAAAUGUUUUGUAACUGUGUCAACCUGCAACAAUGUCAAAAUAUGUUCUAAUGCAGAAGGUGUAAAGUUUAAAAAUACUUAAAAUAUUUCCUUGAAAAGGGGGGGGAAAAAAAUUAAAGA